AGAGCGGAGCGCGCGCGAGGAUGGCGGCCGCGGGCUCGGCUUUGGAUCCCUUGGUGGCCGAUCUGUACGACGUGCAGGCUUUCAAGUUUGGGAACUUCGUGCUGAAGAGCGGGCUCUCCUCUCCCGUCUACAUCGACCUGCGGGGCAUCGUGUCCCGCCCGCGUCUUCUCCGUCAGGUUGCAGAUAUUUUAUUCCAAACUGCCCAGAAUGCAGGGAUCAGUUUUGACACAGUGUGUGGGGUACCUUACACUGCACUGCCACUGGCUACAGUUAUCUGUUCGACCAAUCAAAUUCCAAUGCUCAUUAGAAGGAAGGAAACAAAAGAUUAUGGUACUAAACGUCUUGUAGAAGGAACGAUUAAUCCAGGAGAAACCUGUUUAAUUAUUGAAGACGUUGUCACCAGUGGAUCUAGUGUUUUGGAAACCGUUGAGGUUCUUCAGAAGGAGGGCCUGAAGGUCACUGAUGCCAUCGUACUGUUGGACAGAGAGCAGGGGGGCAAGGACAAGUUGGAGGCACACGGGAUCCGUCUCCACUCAGUGUGUACACUCUCCAAAAUGCUGGAGAUUCUUGAACAGAAGAAAAAAAUUGAUUCUGAGAUGGUUGGGAGAGUGAAGAGAUUCAUUCAGGAGAACGUUUUCUUGGCAGCUAACCAUAAUGGCUUUCUCACUUCUGUAAAGGAAACACCCAAGGAACUAAGCUUUGGUGCACGUGCAGAACUGCCCCGGACCCAUCCUGUUGCCUCAAAGCUUCUGCAGCUUAUGCAAAAGAAAGAGACCAAUCUGUGUCUGUCUGCUGAUGUCUCAGAGGCCACUGAGCUAUUGCAGUUAGCAGAUAGCUUAGGACCCAGCAUCUGCAUGCUCAAAACUCAUGUAGAUAUUUUGGAUGAUUUUAAUCUGGAUGUGAUGAAGGAGUUGACAGCUCUGGCAAAACGUCAUGAGUUCUUAAUAUUUGAAGACCGGAAAUUUGCAGAUAUAGGGAACACAGUAAAAAAACAAUAUGAAGGUGGUGUCUUUAAAAUAGCUUCCUGGGCAGACCUGGUAAAUGCUCACGUGGUUCCAGGUGCAGGGGUUGUGAAAGGCCUGCAGGAAGUUGGACUGCCUUUGCAACGCGGGUGCCUGCUCAUUGCGGAAAUGAGCUCUGCUGGCUCCCUGGCCACUGGCAACUACACUAAAGCAGCGGUUGGAAUGGCUGAAGAGUACUGUGAAUUUGUGGUGGGUUUUAUUUCUGGUUCUCGAGUAAGUAUGAAACCAGAAUUUCUUCAUUUGACCCCAGGAGUUCAGUUACAAGCAGGAGGGGAUCAUCUUGGCCAACAGUAUAACAGUCCACAAGAAGUUAUUGGUAAACGAGGUUCUGAUGUCAUCAUUGUAGGACGGGGAAUACUUUCAGCUGCUAAUCGCAUGGAAGCAGCUGAGAUGUACCGGAAGGCUGCCUGGGAAGCUUAUUUGAAUAGACUUGAGAAUUGAGUGCAUUGGCUACAUUCAUAUAAAUGCACUGAAACUUAGUGGCCUCCUAAAAAUUGCUGUCUUGAAAUGAUUGGCCUUUCCUGCUGCGUGGAAGGGACUUGAGUUAAAUCAUGAACCAGAAAAUAUUGACAAUAGCUUGUAAUCACUGCAUUGAAACUAUAUAACAAGAUCAUUUUAAAGCCUG